CUAGGAUGAGGUGAAACUUCCUUUCUCCCAAUGGAAUUUUCUCAUGGUAAAAUUUUGCUUCUAAAUCAGGAAAAACAAUCAAACGCUACCUAAGGGAUAAAACUACACGAGAAAACAAUCCGCAAGAAAAAGAAAAGAGAGAGAUUACACUAAAUACCUGCAAAUCCCAACAAAGCUAUAAAAGAUUACACUGAAUAAUACUAGCUUUCAAAUGAAAUGAACUAAUAAUGCUGGCAUGUCCAUUAACUAUCUGAAAAUAUAAUUGUCAUUGCUUCCUGCAAUUUCGAUUAUAGAGUUUUCUAGUUUUGUUUGCAGAAAAGGUUCCUCUGUAUACUCACUGAUGGCCACUGGAUUUCUUUCAAAUCGAGCAAUAAAAAAUGAACAAAUCACAGGCUAAGUUUCAUGGGCCAACUCAAAUGCAGCGAAUAGAUUUGAUGGGCUGAUCUUUGUUCUGGGCGACCGAGCGAAACUACGUUCCUGCCGGGAUAGACAAAACCCGCCAAAAAUAGCAAAAUCCUUACCGCCCGCCGCCCCUUUGGUGUGCUCCUGCCGAAUCAUACCUCUUUUCCUUCUUCACCUCUGAGCCUGGUGCUAGUGCCGCUAGGCCCGCUACUCUUUCUCGAGAACAGACAACAGGUAUAUUCUUUGCAUGGCACCUUCUUUUAGUACCUUAGAGGCUUCUUGUCUUCUCAAGUCGUCCUUUCUGCCUCGCCUUUCUGCAAGUCCCUCAACUACCCGAGCGAGCCUUCGGGUUUCAAUGAGUUCUAAACUUGAUGUUGGUGCCCUGAGUCAUAAAGAUUACAUUCUGGAGGCAGCUCGCCUUGCCUCAUCCGACACCCUCUCAGAAACCCAUCUUCACAAGGCCAUCCCCUCACUCAAUUCAAAGUCUAAAGGAAAGGUUAGAGAUAUCUAUGAGUAUGGAGAUUAUCUUGUUAUUGUCACCACUGACAGGUUGAGUGCUUUCGACAGAGUCCUUGCCUCAAUUCCAUUCAAAGGCCAGGUUCUUAAUGAGAUUAGCUUAUGGUGGUUUGAUCAGACACGGCACAUUACUCAAAAUGCUGUGAUUUCUUCACCAGAUAAAAAUGUGACGAUUUCAAGGAGGUGUUCAGUUUUCCCAGUUGAGUUUGUUGUUCGAGGUUAUGUGACUGGGAGUACUGAUACUUCAUUAUGGACAGUCUAUAACAAAGGCAUAAGAAACUACUGUGGCAACCCUCUACCAGAUGGUUUGGUGAAGAACCAACAGCUAGCAAAAAAUAUUCUGACCCCAACUACCAAAGCUAAAGACCAUGAUGUACCUGUAACUCCAGAUCAGAUAAUCAGUCAAGGUCUAAUGACCCAAGAUGAAUUUGAUGAAGCACGUGCUAAAGCAUUAGCUUUAUUUGAAUAUGGACAACUUGUUGCUUCGAGUCAUGGCCUCCUGUUGGUGGAUACAAAGUAUGAAUUUGGAAAAGGACCCGAUGGUAGCAUUGUCUUAAUCGAUGAGGUACAUACCCCUGAUUCAAGCAGAUACUGGAUUGCUCAAUCAUAUCAGAAGCGUUUGGAGAAAGGUCUAGAACCUGAAAAUGUCGAUAAGGAAUUCUUGAGAUUAUGGUUUAAAGAUCACUGCAAUCCAUACGAAGAUGAGAUCCUUCCAAAUGCACCAUUGGAUCUUGUUUGUGAGCUUGCUUGGCGUUAUAUAUUCUUGUACGAGAAAAUAACAAACAAAAAAUUUGAGUUACCAAGAGCAGAUGAACCUGUGCAUGACCGUAUAUCCCGAAAUGUUUCUGAAGCAAUUUUGAACCUUGUCUAGCACUGAUGGUGCAACGCAGAUAAAGAGCUUUGGCUUGCUUGAAGAUGCCGUUUUUGCGUGAUUGAAGCUUGGUAGCUCUCACAAGAAGCAGCGUAAAACUACUUCGGCUGAUUUUAUUAAAUGGAAUAAGCACGCGAUGAGUGUAGGUUUUUUAUUAAUGGAUGCCUAUAUAAGAGAUGUAUCAUAACUUAUGCGGCAAAAAUAUUUAAAGAAAGGUACAUGUCAAAUUGUUGGUAUCUGUGGGUUGCUUUUCCCCCUCUGGAUAGAGGUUAUAGUAAUCGGUUACUUGUUUUGACGGGCAAGUGCA